GUUNNNNAAACACCAAAGUAUGCCCUAUUGUGUUCACUUCACCUUGACCACGCACGAACAGGCCCUAUGACAUACUGUAACCCUUCCCAAAGAUUCUUUACUAAAAGACUGUACGGACAGCCAGGGCCCACGGACAAAUAUGACAAGCGGACAGACGAGGCCGAUCCUUACGCUACGGACGCCGCACGGACAUCUUGAUUCGAAUCGAUUCGACUAAUCAUUCGAAUAAUUAAAUUCGAUCAUUCACCCUUCUCUGACGUUGGUGGCAUCGCAGAAAAAAAUGAGUGGCAGACAUCUGCAUCCUUCUUCUUCGUCUUUUUGUUCUUGACCAUGGCAACAGUUUUGCCUUGAUAUCUUUGUUGAGCUUGUCCAAUCUCUUUUUCACGGUGAUAGAUUUGAUUCAGAUCAGAUCAGAUUGACUAACUCUACUAGUAGCUAGAAGCUUGCUAUAGUAGAGCCCAGAUCUGAUCCAUUUGCUGUCUUCUCCCGUAUCCAAGCCAUACAUCACAAAGUUGGAGCAAGAUGUUGAGUCCAAGGUUCCCCGUGGCAGCACUCUGUGUGCUGCUGUCCAUGACAACAUGGAUGAGUAGUCGAGUCGAAGGAUUCUCUGCCAUGCCAUCUACUAUGCAUAGUAGAUCCAUGAAAUCGGGAACCCGAUUGUGGGUUAAGCGAGAGCCAAUUCGAAUGCCGAGUCAAACACCCAUGGUUCCCUACAAGGCCCCCGGCAGUGACUAUACUCAAUUUGUCGAUAUCAACUCGGCCAUGUACCGCGAUCGCACCCUCAUGAUUAGCAAAUUCAUUGACGAAAACUACGCCAAUGAAAUCAUUGGCAUUAUUCUGUUUAUGCGUCGCGAAAAUCCACGCGCUCCCAUUUCCAUUUACCUCAAUUGUCCCGGCGCCCUCUUGCGUCCCGCAUUGGCCGUGUACGAUUUGCUCUUGCAGACGCGCGAGAAUUGCGAAAUUGAUACCGUCAAUUUGGGAUUGUGUUCGGGCAUGGCGUCGCUCUUGUGUAGCGCCGGUACCAAAGGACAACGUCGGGCCAUGCCCAAUAGUCGAUUCUUGUUGCAGCGCAUUGGAUUGGAAGGAACCUUUCGUGGACAGGCCACCGAUAUUGCCUUGGAAGUCAAGAAUGUCAAGAAAUGGAACGAACGAAUGGAAAACGAAUUGAGUCUGUUGACGGGACAACCCGUCGACAAGAUUCAGCAGGAUUUAAAGCGGGAUUUUUAUUUGAGUAGUGAUGAAGCCGUCCAGUAUGGAUUGAUUGAUGAAGUCAUGUUGCCCGCACAACGAAAGCGAGCGGCACGAGGACAAGCUGCCGAUUUGGGGGCAUUCGAAGGUGAAGAGGAACAACGUUACCAGAAUCAACCUGAAGCCCAACAGGGUGGAUGGGGCAGUCAGCAACAAACACAACGACCCCCGAACAAAAAAGACGACGAUGAUGGUCCGGAAAUUCUCAAGGGAUAAAUUCAAUACUAGCUAGCUAGCAAGGCAGAGUAAGAGACUUUCAACUUUGUUCAACUUUUUGAUUCGAUUGAUGCACCGAGACCAUGCAGCCAGUGGCGAUUUUUAAAAACAGAGCAAUCGUCCUUCAAUCAUGCAAUCUGUAGGCUGCCGCCGGUGUACUGUAUCUUUCCGUCAGAAUAGAUGCA